AGUUGUGGAAAGAAAUGUAUAUUUUAUGUUGUGUAUUUUUACAUUGAAGCUUGUUUUUUGUUUUUCAGGAAAUGCCCAAUUCUGUUUUCUUGGUCAUGGAGUACUGCAAUGGGGGAGACUUGGCAGAUUAUUUACAAGCUAAAGGAACUUUGAGUGAAGACACCAUUCGAGUCUUUCUGCAACAGAUCGCAGCUGCCAUGAAGGUGUUACAUAGCAAGGGAAUCAUCCACAGGGACCUAAAGCCACAGAAUAUUCUUCUCUCUUAUGCUACUCGGAAGAAGCUUAAUUUUAGUGGAAUCCGGAUAAAAAUAGCGGACUUUGGCUUUGCUCGUUAUCUGCAGAGUAAUAUGAUGGCUGCUACAUUAUGUGGUUCUCCAAUGUACAUGGCACCAGAGGUUAUCAUGUCACAACACUAUGAUGCAAAAGCAGAUCUUUGGAGCAUAGGAACCGUCAUUUAUCAGUGCCUAGUUGGCAAGCCACCAUUCCAGGCAAAUAGUCCUCAGGAUCUGCGAUUGUUCUAUGAGAAGAAUAAGAGCCUUGUUCCUAGCAUUCCCGGGGAAACAUCUCCAUACCUGUCUGACUUGUUGCUGGGACUACUUCAGAGAAACCAAAAAGACAGGCUUGACUUUGAGGGAUUCUUCAACCACCCGUUCCUUGACCAGGUGUCUACGGUCAAAAAAUCCUGUCCUGUCCCAGUGCCUACAUACUCGGGGUCAAGUAUAUCGGGCAGCUCCUGUGGAAGCUCACCUUCUUGUCGAUUUGCCUCUCCUCCUUCUCUACCAGACAUGCAACAUAUCCAAGAAGAAAAUCUUUCAUCCCCACCACUGGGUCCUCCAAAUUACUUACAGGUUUCCAAGGACUCUGCCAGCACAAGCAGCAAGAACUCAUCAUGUGACACAGAUGACUUUGUCCUGGUUCCUCACAACCUCUCAUCUGACCACUCAUACGAUAUGCCCACAGGCACAGCUGGGCGCAGAGCAUCUAGUGAGUUCUUGAUGUGUGGCGGGCAGAGCCAGCCUCAGGUGUCACCACGCAGCGAGACUGCGCCUAUCCCUGUCCCAACCCAACUACGGAACUACCAACGCAUUGAGCAGAAUCUCUCAUCUACUGCUAGUCCUACAUCUAAUCCUCAUGGCUCCCCCAGAUCUGGUGCAGUGAGGCGCUCAAAUACCAGCCCCAUGGGCUUUCUCAAAGUUGGCUCUGGGUCUCCCAGCUCCACAGACGUGGUGCAAGCUAUCGGACGCCGCUUGUCUACCGGCUCUUCAAGACCUUAUUCUCCAUCACCAUUAGUUGGAACCAUCCCAGAGCAACUAGGCCACUGUUGUUGUGGCCACCCUCAAGGGCAUGAGUCCAGAAGCCGAAGUUCUUCAGGGUCCCCAGUGCCACAGUCACAGUCCCCACAGUCUUUGUUAGGUGCAAGACUGCAAAGUGCACCAACUCUCACUGACAUCUACCAGAACAAGCAGAAACUACGAAAGCAGCACUCAGAUCCUGUAUGUCCUUCCUAUGCUGGGCAUGGCUUUAGCCAUUCACCACAGCCAGCGCGGCCUGUCAGUCUUGGUGCUUCUCCCACAAAGCACAUGGGAUCUUCUCCUAGGAGCUCAGAAUGGCUGUAUAAAACCCCACUGCCUACCAUCAUUGGAUCUCCAACCAAGACAACUGCUCCAUUCAAGAUCCCUAAAACACAAGCUUCAUCCAAUCUGCUUGCUCUAGCUAAUCGCCAGGGACCUGCAGAUGCUUCUGCACAGGCCAAAGAAGACUUGUGUGAUCCAAGGGAUUUCUCUCCUUUCCUUUGUUCGCAUGGCAAUGAGAAAUCCAGCACUGCAGAACAUGGAAAAGCUACUUUUGGAAGGUCUGUGAGCGCUGGAAAGUUGUCAGACCAGACAGGAAAAGCUACUCUGGGAGGACAGCAUUACCAAGGAAGCACAGACAGCCUGAACUCUGAGCGUCCAAUGGACACAGUCCCUUCAGGUGGUACAGGAAGUGUCCUGACUGUGCCCUGUGCCAGCACAAGAGCAGUGAUGUUUACCGUUGGAUCGCCUCCUAACAGUGCUACCCCUCCAACUUGUACACAUAUAAUGAUGAGGAAGAGGACCACUUCAGUUGGCUCCAACAGUUCUGGAGGCUCUCUCUGCUCCACCAGUGGUCGUGUGCAUAUGGGAUCUCCUUCUGGUAUUCACAUGGGUUCAUCUCCUCCUGGAGCUGAUGCAGCCCCAAGCAUGAAAUAUAUGUCCUAUGGUACAUCCCCUCCCAGCCUGGAAGAUUUCAUUACAUUUGAAGCACCGGAACUACCUGAAGAAACUCUGAUGGAGCGGGAGCACACAGAAACUCUCAGGCACCUCAAUCUGAUGCUGAUGUUCACAGAGUGUGUUAUGGAGCUUACUGCGGCCCGAGGUGGGAGUUCAGAUUUGUGCACCUCUGCUGUGUCCCUCUAUCAAAUUCAAGAGAGUGUGGUAGUGGACCAGAUCAGUCAACUGAGCAAAGAAUGGGGACAAGUGGAACAGCUGGUGCUGUACAUGAAAGCAGCUCAGUUCCUGGCAUCUUCCCUGCCCAACUUGCCAAAUCACAAAUCAAAUCUGGGAAGCUGACACCUUCAAGUGCUGUAAAACAAGUGGUGAAAAGCAUGAACGAGCGAUAUAAAUUCUGCAUCAGCAUGUGCAAGAAGCUCACAGAGCAGCUCAACCGCUUUUUUUCAGACAAGCAGCGCUUUGUGGAUGAGAUCAACAGUGUCACAGCAGAAAAGUUAAUCUACAACUGUGCUGUGGAGAUGGUCCAGUCAGCAGCACUAGAUGAGAUGUUCCAGCAUGCAGAAGACAUUGCUUAUCGUUACCACAAAGCAGCACUACUAUUAGAAGGCCUAAGCAAGAUCUUGCAGAGUCCCGCAGACAUUGAAAAUGUCCACAAGUAUAAAGCCAGUGUUGAAAGUAGACUGUCGGCACUUUGCUAUGGAGCAGUGGCUGUGUACGAAUAG